ACCGGAAGUUGAAGAGAAGUUUCUUAUCCAGUGUUGAUUCGGAUCACGUUGGUUAACGGGGUUUUUUUCAUUAAGUGUUUUUGGAUUAAAUGUGUAUAUUACGGUUAUCUGGGUGUUUGCGGCGCUGAGACGGAGACAUGUUCGGUGCUGACGAUGAAGACGGAGACUUCAUGUCUCCUACAGGGGGGGCGAAAUUAGCUUCUCUGUUCAGCUUGGACCAGACGGCCAGCAGCCAGGCCAAUGAGUCGUUCCACUACACGGCCCCCAAACAACCACGUAGGAGCUCAGGUCCACCUGCUCAGAAAGCCGCUCCUCCGCCCGGAUCCCCCGCUGUGCUCUUCGCCACGGCCGUUCACGCCUACAGAUAUGUUAAUGGACAGUAUAUGAAGCAAGGCAAGCUGGGAGCUGCGGUGUUAGGAAACCACACCAACAAGGAGCAGUAUAAGCUGCUGCUGUACGCCAGCCAGCAGAAACCGUUGACGGCGGCCAGGAUUCACUCGGCCUUCUCCUUCACUGUCCAGCCCAGUAACUACUGCACCUUUUAUGAUGAUCAUCGGCAGAACUGGUCUCUCAUGUUCGAGUCGGAGAACGCCGCCACCGAUUUCUGUAAAGAGGUGUGUCUGGCUAAAGCGAACUGCGCUUCUCCUCUGGAGAUGGUGGUGAUUCAGGACCUGGUGCUCGGGGAGGGUCAGGGAGUAGAGAACGGAGAUUUUCUAGAGGUAGCCUACACAGGCUGGCUGCUGCAGAACCACACCAUCGGCCAGAUGUUUGACUCCAAUUUAAAUAAGGACAAGCUUCUGAGAAUGAAGCUCGGUGCUGGAAAAGUCAUUAAGGGCUGGGAGGAGGGCAUGUUGAACAUGCGUAAAGGAGGGCGCCGUCUCCUCGUGAUUCCCCCGGCUCUGGCGUACGGAUCGCAGGGCGUCCCGGGACGAGUCCCUGCGGACAGCACUCUGGUGUUCGAGGCAGAAAUUCGUAGAGUGAAGUUUGCUAAAGACGCCGGAGCCGAGAGGACCGUCGUGAGCUCCAGGGACACCGCUGUCCCCUCUCCCGCCCCCAGCGUGGAGAGUCUGGGGCCAGAUCUCACCUCGGCAUCUAGCAGAUCAGGUGAACCACCACUACGAGCUAAAUCCAACUCACUGAGCGAGCAACUAGCAAAUCCGGACGCGACCAAAGCCAAGCUCAUCUCCCGCAUGGCGAAGAUGGGUCAGCCCAUGCUGCCCUUCCUCGCCGGCCCAACAUUGUCAUCCUCGCAAGCCGAGUCCAGCGACUCUGAACUGGAGGACCCGAGCGUGUCCCGAUUGAAAGAGCAUCCACCUGCGCCCUCCCCUCAGCCGGUGCACCUCACGUCUGGUCCUCAAGCCUCACUGCAGGCAACAGCCCUGAUGCCCGUUUCUAUGGCAACUGCCAAUCCCCAGCCCAUGAUGCCCAUUGCAGGUCACGGCUUCCAGCCGUACACUUACACUCAGUCCACGACUGCUCCCUCUCACUUACAACCGGUGGGACAGAUUUACCCUUCACAGACCGUGCCUUACCAAGGAAGCGGUGAUGUCACAUCCUUUUUGAUGACGGAAGCCCGGCAGCACAACACCGAGAUCCGAUUGGCCGUCGGCAAAGUGGGCGAUAAAGUGGACCAAUUAGCUGCCAAGGUCGAGGAGCUGCACAAGCAGGGCGGGCUCUCUCUGGGCUUGUCCAACGUCUCCAUGGAUACGGCGAUGAUCACGAACACCAUCCAACGCAUCAUCCAGGAAAACGAGUGCCUGAAGAAAGAGGUGUUUGAGAAGAGCUUGCGCAUCGAAGAGCAGAACCGCAAGAUCGGAGAACUCAUCAACCAGAACCAGAGGUGCAUGGAGCAGAGUAAUAUGCUGAUGGAGCAGCGGAACGACUCUCUGAAGAACUCGAGUGAGCAGAACCAGGCACGAAUACUGCAUGCAGAACAGGAAAAGGCGAGGUUGACGGACGAGCUGGCCAGCUCUACGGCGCGAGUGUCGGAGCUGCAGUUGGAACUGACCGCACAACGUCAGAAAGCGGUGGCUCUGCAGUCGAGCCUGAACGCCGCCCUGCAGGAGGGACAGCAGCACUGCACGCAGCGCACGGCUGCGGAGAACCAGCUGCAGGAGAUGAAGGAGUCAGCGGAGCAGGCGCAGGUGCAGUACAGAGCUGAGAAACAGAAGCGGAAGGAGGUGGAGCUGAAGCUGAGCAGCCUGGACGAGGAGCUGCAGGACCUGAAGAGCGAGAAAGAGAGUCUGGAUCGAACUCUGUCAGACAGGAAGAGGAAGUGGCAGGCGGAGAGACAGCGCUGUGAUGAGGAGUUGGAGGAGGUGAGGAAGGCCAGUCAGAUGGAGAUGGACCAACUCCGGAGUCAACUGCGUCAAGCCCGGACCAACACAAACCAGGCGGCUGCUGAGCAGUUAGCACAGCUGCAGGCAGAUGUGGAGCGCGAGUGGCAGGCGAAGUGUGAGCGAGCUCUGGCUUCAGCAAGAGAACAGCAGAACAGAGAAGUGACCGAACUCACUGAGCAGAGAGACACACUGCAGCUCAAACUCGCCCAGCUACAGGACAAGUUCUCUGCUCUCAAGCAAUCCAAAGAGGAGGAGGAGCAACGGUUACUACGGCAACAAGACCAAGGGGAUGAGCUUCAGGCCCUGAGAGAUAAGUGUCGUGAGUUGGAGAAGAGGGCGGAGUCAGUGAGGGAGCAGGGGGAGGUGCGAGUUUCAGAGCUGGAGAGGAGACUGGCAGAGCAGCGGCCAGUACAGGACACUGACAUUACAGGAGAGGUGAAGCGUGUGAUGAAUGGAGUGUUCCAAUCUUUACGGGGGGAGUUCGAGCUCCACGAGACGUACACCGGCAGUGUGGUGCUGGGCGUGCUGGUCAACACCAUUAAGAACGUCACCCUGCAGCUGCUCUCGAAAUCUGAACCGCCCUCGACCGAGAAUAACGAGAAAGAGGAAGACGAAGAGGAAGAAGAGGAGGACGGGAGGAGUGAAGCGCAGUCCGAGGAGCAGGAGAACCAUGCGCAGGAGGUGCACGUGAACGGAAAGAAAGAGGACGUGGAAGAGGAAGAAGAUGGCCAAGUGACGGAGGAGAAGACCAGAGAACCAGAGAAUGUAGAGGAGGAAGAGAAGGGCGGACAGGAAGUUGUCCGAGGUAAAGAGGAAGAUAAGGGCGAAGAGAAAGUCGUCAGAGUCGAAGAGAUAACGAAAGGUGAACAGGAAGUCGUCAGAGUCGAAGAGAUAACGAAAGGUGAACAGGAAGUCGAAGAGGAAAUGAAGGAGACGGGAGAAGGAUCGGAUCGCCUCGAAGAGGGCGAGCUCGUGCAGUCUGACGUCGCGACACCGAUUCAGACGCACGAUGACGUCGUUCCCAAAGAGGAAGUGAACGAAGGUCCACUGGGUGGCAUCACACCUGAAGAGGAAGUGGUGGCUAAGAGUGGGAGCACUGUGGGUCUGCCAGACAAAUCGGAACCGGAUGAAACCAUUCACACCGGACCCCCGAAGAACCCCCCACCUCCCCCAGACACUGAGGAAGAGGGCGGCACAGAACCGGCAGCACAGCCCAGCAGUCCAUCAGAGCGGGCGGAAGGGGUGAAUUCAGAAGAGCCAUUUUUCCAGAGCCCCGCCCCGACUAAACCCCCACCGCUGCCAACCAGUGAGGAAGAUGAAGAGGAGGAGCUGAGUUUAAAAGGACGUCCCCCUCCCGCCCCUCUGUUCGGAGACGACAGCGAUGACGACGAUCUGGACUGGCUGAGCUGACCUCGCCCUCAACCGAGAAGCAAACCCACCGCCGUCUGUCUCCUGGGUAACGGUUCCCACGGAAAACAGAUGCCCUGUUGACGGAACCCGAGAGGGCAGAAGCAAGCGGCUAGGCCGGAAUCUGAAGCUCCUCCUCCUUUUCCCAAACUCUUCGUUGUUGUCCAUGUUUCCAAAGGAGAGCAGAACUUCCUGGACUUAGUCUGACUGGAAAUCCCGGAAUUUUUUUUUUUUUUUUUAAAUAACUCAAUCACGUUUAUUUCUCAAAUCUCUCAAACCAGAUUUCAUUUGUAGCCUGAAACAUGCCCAAGAAAUGAUUUACACUUCUUCAAAGACGUUUUAACAUGCCAGAACUGGUUUGGUGUACGAAGGUAAUAACGGUCAUGACGCUGUGGAGUAGCUGCUGUAUGGAUGUGUCUUAAGGUUUGUACUCUUUACUAACAGAAACGUCUUCUGGAUUUGGGGAUAAAUAAUAAAAGACGAGCUGGCUAAUCUUCUCA